AUGAGUACCAACUACACCAAUGAAGACGAACUCAAUCAGAUGAUGGACAAUGAUGACAAUACAAGGUCAUCAUCUUACCAAUCGCAGUCUAUACUCACUGGCUCCAGUGGCUCCAGUGGCUUGAAUGACUACAGCUUUAUCCACCCCUACCCUAGCUCCACCUCCUCGGCGGAUGACACAAGUCAAACGAGCUUGAGCCAACUCCAAGAUGAAUCUUCACUCGUCCAAAGCGGGUUGAGCGACCUUACCAUCCGUCCCCCCCAACGGUAUGAAAGCGACUUUGAUGGCCUCGGAUGGGCCCAUGCGCAAACUGAUCAUAUCCCCCAAGAGCUGGAAAUCGACCUCGGAGGGCAGCACAAUCCUACUCCGAAUCCGUUGACAGCUGCAGAAGCCCAGACGACCAAAGAGCCCUUUGAUCGGACUUUGUUGGGAAUCACAAACCCCACAGCCUCGCCAUUGAGUUCCCCAUCUGUUGAGCUUGAUAUGGCUAUGACUCAGGUAUGGUCGACAUUUCGCCAUGUCACUUCUGACCCUCCAUAUAUUGGCGAAAACAUCCUGAAAGGACUAAGUGACCUCGAAACACUCAAACAACUUUUUCUUUCAAAGUACACGGAUCCUGCACCUUCGACAACAACUGGUUCUGAAUCCAGGAAAAAAACCAAGGAAGCCCACCAGUGCAUGAUCUGCGAGGCCAAAAACAAUGCCAAGAAGACCUACAAUACCUUCGGAUCGCUCAAAAGACAUUUUGGAUCCAUUCAUGGAAUCGCUGACCGAAAGUAUCGUUGUCUAUCUCCACACUGCGAUAGAGACUUUCUCCGGCGAGACAGAGCGCGCGAACAUAUGAUCUACACACACAAGAUGCACGACAUGAAAGACCUCGCCGCCGCUCGAAGGAAAGUCGCUCCUCCCUGCAUCUGUCCUGCUUGCCCCCAGAUCAUCCAGUCCUGGGAACGGUAUUGGGAACACGUUAAAGUGCAUUGCACUAAACACUCUCCAGCGGCCAGUGUAAUGAAUGGCGGUGACAAGUCUCGCCGAGGCGGCGGCAGAGAAGGCGGCAGCGGUCCUAAUCGUGGUUCUUCUUCCUUUGCUGAGCCAAGCAAUGCAUACGAACAGUCUCGCUCUCACCAAGGAGACCAACCAUCGGAUUCAAAUAAUUACCGCACAUACCAAGGAGGGCACAUGAACAGAGCCAGGGAAACUUUUCAGCCUUCCAUGAUCCUUCCUGUUUCAGAUGAUAAAUUGAGUCUCGCCCAUCCUCCAGGAUUGGACGCAGCCGCUGGUGAAUUCUCCAUGAACGACGUAUUCGACGAGGCUCAAUAUGAUCCUGACUUCCACUUUGCUGGUGGCAUACACCAGCGGUUCGACCAAUCUCAGAACCCUCAGACCCCAUGGUUUUCACCCACCGAUCAGUCUUCCCAGAAGCCUCAGAAGCGCAAACGCUCAACGAGAAAGCAAGCAGCCCCAAAACAAGCCACAGAACAAAGGCCUUCAAGCAUUAUGAAAUGUACUGGAUGUGGUCAUGUUUUGAGCACAUGUCGGCAAUGUCAAUAUUUGACGGAAUCCGUUGGCUCCUGUCAUAAUUGUCCUUCCAGGGAAGCUAUCGCGGCUCAAGCUAUGCAUCAUUCCGCAUUGCCUUCUCAAGAUCGCCAACGACCAUUGUCAACACUCGUCACACUCGAUCCAUAUUACCUUCAGCCUAGUCUCUUGCAGGACUUUUCGCUGUUUCCCAUGGGGGCAGAUCAACACCCCUAUCCUAGUUCAAAUUGGCCAAUGCAGUACCCUGGUGGGUCGAGCCAACGUCAAUCAUUUGAUAGCGAAGAGUACGACGGCUCCGAUGACUUCCUCUCGCGGCCUCCAUUCAUCGGUAUGACAAUGGUCGAUGAAAACCAUGGCUGUCUGCUUAAUGUCGACAACAAACCACAGUCGCCGGUGCUUGACCACGAUUAUAAACUGCUUCGCAGCGUCGGCUUGGGCUCGCCAAUAAAGCCGCUCACUCUUCUAUCCAAUCUCAAUCAGGCAAUGAAACAAGCCUCGAUCGGUCUUUCUUCUGAAAUGUACACCGAGCUGCCCUUCAGACAGCGUGAACCGCUGAGGCUCCAAAGCUCCAAAGCUACUCCCGGAUGUCAAUGCCCGUGUGUGAUUCUACCUGUCGUUAAAUACAGUGCCCAUGCCAGUGCCCGGCUUUCCGACUCUGAGCGAGUCGAGAUGACUUUCAAGAUGUCCCCGGCUGCCCGCGAGUCUAACCACCCCUUGCGUACUCGAGUAAGGGUGUUCGUUAAGCUCUUCAAACUAAGGGCAUCGGUAUUAAAGACAACCGCAAAUGACAAAGAAAGGCAUCAAUUGAUUCAACAAGAAACUGCCCUGGGAGGCGUUCUUGGAUCUGACACCGACUCAGAUCACGCUAUUUCGCCUAUCUCACCCUCCGACUCCGAGCUUGCCCCGGUCUUAUCAUGGACCGAGGAUGUUCAAGACUGGUCAUUUGAAUUCGAUCUCGAGUGGGCUGUGUCGAGAUUCUCCCAAAUGACCAGUGGCAUUACUGCCGAUACGUACUUGAAACAUUUCUCUCCCAACCCUGGCCGCAUACUGGACUUGAUCUCGAUGUAUAUCUUACACGAGUUCGAGAUAUGCUGGUCCUUGGGUCUUGAUAGAGUCCGCUGGCUCUUGAUGUAUCUUAUGAUUUCAUGUUCCUCUUCUACUUUAUGA